AAGGAUGAAGAAAAGAUUAAAAGAAAAGAGCAAAAUAGAGCUGCACAAAGAGCAUUCAGGGAACGUAAAGAGCGAUACGUAAGAGAGCUAGAGAAAAAGUUUAAGCAAUUCCAGGAUAAACAUGCUGCAGCUAUUCACCAACUACUUCAAGAAAAUCAAUAUUUAAGGUCCGUCAUCUGCAGAUUGGAAGUCGAGAAUUGUGUGCUAAAA